ACAUCACGAGCCAAAUACUUGCAUUUUAAUUGUUCAUUUAAGAAAUGCAAAUAUAUUAAAUUAGUUUCAAUAUCGUAACGCAAUCCUCUUUUUUAAGGAAUGUAAAAUUGUUUGUGGAAUACCUGACGCGGGCCAUGGAGUGAUAGAUAAUAUUAUAACACUGCAAAAGUGACCUCGUCUCAUCGUAUCGAAGGACUGUGCAAUUGUUUAGGUAUGUCGGUUUGGUCAGGCAGUACGGUCCCAGGCCCACCCAAUCGUUACUCUCAGUAUAGUAACUGGUGCCCAAAAAUGAGCAAGUGAAUUUGAUGUGAGAUUUGCAAAGCCUUAAAAUUUGGUUUUGUACUACGCGGAGGCUGCUACUAGUCCUUCUUUAAUAAAGACAUACGUGCGUGAUGUCGGGCGAGGCGCCUAUCCAGUCGGACGCAGGGCUUCACACGCCCGCGUACCUGUCAUGGCGGAAACUCCAGCUGAGUCGCGCGAAGCUGAAGGCUUCCAGUAAGACUUCGGCGCUACUCUCUGGAUUCGCUAUGGUAGCUAUGGUGGAAGUGCAACUGAACACAGACCAAACCAGCAAAGUGCCCAAGGAGAUGCUCGUCGCGUUCACAGUGUGCACAACUCUUCUCGUCGCCGUUCACAUGCUGGCCCUCAUGAUCAGCACAUGCAUACUACCCAACAUAGAAGCAGUCGGGAAUCUACACAGCAUAGCUCUGGUACACGAAUCGCCCCAUGAAAGACUACACUGGUACAUCGAAAUCGCUUGGGCGUUUUCAACACUACUCGGACUAAUUCUGUUCCUAGUGGAAAUAGCUAUUCUCUGUUGGGUGAAAUUCUACGAUUUAAGCGAGACCGCCGCCUGGUCCGCCUGCGUUGUACUUAUACCGGUCAUGAUUGUGUUCCUGGCGUUCGCUAUACAUUUCUAUAUGUCUUUAGCGACACAUAAAUACGAAGUUACAGUUACUGGCAUAAAAGAGCUAGAGUUACUUAAAGAGCAGAUUGAAAUGGGCGACCAUGACGGUAGGAUGAAUAAUCUCACAUUACUCGACCAGGGCAGGGUCGUUUGAAAACUUAUGGCGUUAUUCAUAAACGCGCUACGAGCCUCAAUUAGCUACUAAUCGUUCGUCUUUAUCUAUCUUUCUGACUUAUGUAUUUGUAAGAAAGGGAUAAAACUAAUUGAGGCUUGUAUAAUUUUAUGAAUUAGGUACUUAGGGGGUAAAGCCUUACCUUUCCAGUGUCCGAUUUUGGGAUGUUAUAUACGUUUUUGACUUAAAUAUACCCACGUUUUUAUUGUUAACGCGUAGAUUAUAGGAAAGUACUUAUUGAUCUGUAUAUGAAAAUUGUACUUAUAUAAAUGCCAAUUUUGCAAUAUUAUACUUAUUUAUCGGGUAUAUUAGGUUGGGUCGUGAGCGUUGAACGUAAUAGAAUAAUCAAUCUUAGUAAUUAAUAAGACUUACCUUAACACAUUCAUUGCCACCCAGCCAAACAAGACGCACCCGCCAGGCCACAGCAAUUUCGUAAUAUAAAGCAGUAGUACCGAUCCCGACUAUCGGGUCGUCCGGCCUGGGAACGAAAUCAUAAAAUACCCGAUAGUCGGGUUUUCGGCACUGAAUGUGUUAAAAAAAUAAUAGUAUAGGUAUAGUGUGAAGUUUACUGCCUGCGGAAUGAACUCGCGGUAUUUUAUUUAACUCUCUAUCUUAAAGCCAAGAAAAUAAAGUAUUUGUUGCCAAAAACUUGCUCAAAAAAUAAGGCUUAUAAACACAGCAUAAAAACAUCUUUUUUAUGCAUAUUAUAGUAUUGUACUUUUUCAAUAAUAUGCGAGAAGCAUGACAUACCUAAAUAUAUGCGUUCACUGACAUACCUACAUUCGAAUCUCCAGUUUAUAAAGUUUCCUAUGAAAAUUACCUUUUAUUAUGUUUACGAUAUUUUUUUUACUCAUACCUUCUUAGGGCCACUUGCGUCAGCCGGGGUUAACCACUAACCCGGGGUUAGCCACUAACCCGGGGUUAGCCGCUAACCCAGUGUUAAAUAGUACUGGUAACCAUGCUAACUCCAGGUUUAACCGGUUAAUCCCGGGUUAGUGGCUUAACCCUGGCUGGCGCAAGUGGCGCUUAGGAACGUUGCUCAUAUCCCUAAUAUCGGAUAUAAUACAAACUAUAAAAAAUAUAGGUUAGAAGAAUGGCUGAAUUUGUCAAAAUGUGAAAUUUCUAACCAACGUGUAAUUUACAUAAUAGUCAUGUCUACCAUCUAACUGCCUUGGCAAAAAUAUAUAAAUUGCAAAAACGUCCUUUCAGAUAAUUAUAAAUAUUAUAAUAUAAUUUUAUGAAAUAAUUUCAAAUAUUACAUUUUUAUGUUGUUCUAAAAUGGUUAGCCAGAAAGUUAUUGUUCGUACAAAUUGUUCACAAAAAUAACUCGCAAUAAUGUCUUCUUUAUAAAUAUUUGUUGCUGGGUGCUAAUUUCGAGACUUGUAAAUCCCAAGUAAAAAUCCGUCAUGCCAAGAAACAAUAGGGCUCAAAAAUGCAAUUAAGAACGAACAAAAUCCACCACGGAAAUGUAAUUUAUAUUUUGAUUCAAUUAAACAGGGUGCUGCUGGUUGUUUUUUAGUUAAUAUUAAUGAUUUAUUUGUUAACAUGACAUUUAAAUUUUCUAUUAUAAGGAUUAUAACGAAAAAUACAAUUUAUAACGAUUUUAAAAGAUUUCUUCUGAGUUUGUUUGGUUAUGAGUUAUCUCGAGUAGAUGUCGAUUCAGGAAAAUAUGCGAAGACCCGAAACUUCAAUAGGCUAACUUCAGUAGGUACCGAAAAGUUUUUUUUAAUAAUGCACCGUUCAGUUUAUGUUGACAACAAGAAAAUAAAUUUAAUUACACAAACGGGUCUACCGCGAUAUAAUUUCAUUGUUUCCGUGACCACAGCUGGUGCAACUCAGCUGAAACGUCGGAAUUAAAGGUAAAAACAAUGAAAUUAUAUCGCGGUAGACCCGUUUGUGUAAUUAAAUAUGUGUACAAAACGCGAGAGUUUAAAGUGUUAUAAGAAAAAAAAUUACCGUUUAUAACUAAGCAAAAGAUGCGAGGUACUUCCUUAUUUGAAUUACUCCAAUAUUGCCUAGGAAUUAGGCAAUAUUAGUAGUACCAAUUAAGUAGGUAAGUAGUUCAUUCCUUCGAAUUUCUUCAAUGUAACAAAAAAUGUAGUUUAUUUACAAAGCUGUUCCAUAGUUCCUAAUUACCUAUUCACAUACACAAUAGUUAUUUACGAUACAAGUGCGGAAAAGAGGAAAUUCGCAGUGUAUCGGUUAACUUUUUACAGUAGGUACAUAUGGCCCUUUAAGCUUUUGACAUACGCACGGAAAGUGCUCUUUCCCACACUAGUGCGGGAAAGUAGCACCAUAUGUACUACUGUAAAUAAAAUUAUCGCAUACCUAAUACUUAUCAGCUCUGGUUUCUCCGGAAUAGGCCGAUAACGCUUCGUUCAAUGCGAGUUUGAUAACCAACCGUAACCGUAACUUAAUGGUAUAAAGGUUAAAAUCGCAAGUAACUAAAAUUUUUAUUUAUUUAUUGUGACAUUUGUGACUGAGUGAUAUUCAGCUCUUUCGAGUUAGACUAUAUUAUCAGUAAAUUGACGAUAUAUUAUGGCGAGGGCAAUAAAUUAUAUGUAAUUAAAUGUUAACUUAACAAUAAUUUGACCCCAAAUUGGGUUUUACACUUAAGUCCGCUGUGAUAAUGAUAAAUAUGACAUUUUGUUGAAUCUGUCGAUGUAUCUGCGUCAGAUGAGAAUUGUCGGAACCCACUGCGGCGUAUGCGCACUAUUGCGCACGAAUGUCAAUAUCAGGAGGGCUUGCCAAGAUGACAAUAGUUGAUUGAAAAUGCCAAUCGAAACUAAUAGGCCCCGUGCAUGAACUAUAGGGGGCAGCAUAGGAGCCGUCAGACUUUUGGCGCGAGGCGUAAAUGUGUCGUUUAUGUUUCCGAUGUAGCCCACAAGAUGGUAGAUCCUACUAUGCACAAGGAAACGUACCGACGAGAUCGGCAGAUGGUAGCACUUGCUUUGGCAAUGUACCUAUACAUGUUUCAGAUUCAGGCCACAAGAUGACAGACCCUCCAACGCGCAGGGUUAUUCCCACUAGUUACCACCAAGUUGUUAAUACCAGUGGUAACUACUGGGAUUUUUUUCCCACCUUUUACCACUGGUAACUAAAUUCCCAGUAGUUACCACCAAACCGAGUUGGUGGUAACUAGUGGGAAUAACCAACGCGCACGGUCCCUAUAGUCACGUGACUUUUCGUAUCGACUGUCAUCGCGAUACAUUUUUAGGGUUCCGUACCCAAAGGGUAAAACGGGACCCUAUUACUAAGACUUCGCUGUCCGUCCGUCCGUCCGUCCGUCCGUCCGUCCGUCCGUCUGUCACCAGGCUGUAUCUCACGAACCGUGAUAGCUAGACAGUUGAAAUUUUCACAGAUGAUGUAUUUCUGUUGCCGCUAUACAACAAAUACUAAAAACAGAAUAAAAUAAAGAUUUAAAUGGGGCUCCCAUACAACAAACGUGAUUUUUGAGUGGUCAGUACUUGGAUGGGUGACCGUUUUUUUUUGCUUUUUUUUUGUUUGUUUUUUUUGCAUUAUGGUACGGAACCCUUAGUGCGCGAGUCCGACUCGCACUUGCCCGGUUUUUUGUUUUCGUUUGCGUUUGUCGAUGUACGAUUGUCAUAUUGGCUAGUUCCUCAGUGGUCGCAUUGCCGUGCAAAAUACUAGUAACGGGACGCCACAAAAAUAUGCUUAAAAUCUGAUGCAGAUUACAUAUUAGCAUAAGAGAAGUAAUAUUAAAUCCUAGCAUGGAAUGUUAAGACAUAGGUAGGUAAGGACCUGUGUAAUGAGACAGUUCACGACAAAAGGACUUAUUAAGACUUGAAAACCUAUAAAAACUGAAAACCGAAGCAGUGCAAAAAAUACACAUUUGAAAAUGGCCAAUGAUAUGAUGAAUGAUAGCAACCGGAUUCCCAUCAAGUUCAUUUUGUCGUGUAUUGUCACAAAAUUUCAAAUAAAACAUCCGAAUAAUCCAUGCAUCAUGGCAGUGUGUACCACUUUAUUUAUAAUCGAUCGAUCUGUUAUGGUUUAGCAAUAUAUCACCACAUUUGGUCAAUACA